AUGCUCCCUCGCUUCUUGCUGCUCUUCCUCCUCCCCUUGGUGCGGGCCACCGAGCGCCCCGAGGGCCGGGCCGACGAGCAGAGCCUGGAGGCCGCCCCGGCCGUGCCCAACGCCUCGCGCUUCUUCUCCUGGGACAACUACACCUUCUCCGACUGGCAGAACUUCGCGGGCAGGAGGCGCUACGGCGCCGAGUCCCAGAAGCCCACGGCGAAAGCCCUGCUCAUCGCCGCGUACUCCGGCAUCAUCGUCUUCUCGCUCUUUGGCAACGUCCUGGUCUGUCAUGUCAUCUUCAAGAACCAGCGAAUGCACUCGGCCACCAGCCUCUUCAUCGUCAACCUGGCCGUCGCCGACAUCAUGAUCACGCUGCUUAACACCCCGUUCACUUUGGUCCGCUUUGUGAACAGCACAUGGGUGUUCGGGAAGGGCAUGUGUCAUGUCAGCCGCUUUGCUCAAUACUGCUCGCUGCACGUCUCAGCACUGACACUGACGGCCAUUGCUGUAGACCGCCACCAGGUCAUCAUGCAUCCGUUAAAACCCCGGAUCUCAAUCACAAAGGGCGUCAUCUACAUCGUUGUCAUUUGGACCAUGGCUACAUUCUUUUCUCUCCCACAUGCUAUCUGCCAGAAAUUAUUUACCUUCAAGUACAGUGAGGACACUGUGCGCUCUCUGUGCCUACCAGACUUCCCCGAGCCAGCUGACCUCUUCUGGAAGUACCUGGACUUGGCCACCUUCAUCCUGCUCUACAUCCUGCCCCUCCUUAUCAUCUCCGUGGCCUAUGCCCGUGUGGCCAAGAAGCUGUGGCUCUGCAACACGAUCGGCGACGUGACCACGGAGCAGUACCUCGCCCUGCGGCGCAAGAAGAAGAAGACCAUCAAGAUGCUGAUGCUGGUGGUGGUCCUUUUCGCCCUCUGCUGGUUCCCCCUCAACUGCUAUGUCCUCCUCCUGUCCAGCAAGGUCAUCCGCACCAACAAUGCCCUGUACUUUGCCUUCCACUGGUUUGCCAUGAGCAGCACCUGCUACAACCCCUUCAUCUACUGCUGGCUGAAUGAGAACUUCAGAGUCGAGCUAAAGGCACUACUGAGCAUGUGCCAAAGCUCACCCAAGCCUCAGGAGGACAGGCCACCCUCUCCGGUCCCUUCCUUCAGGGUAGCUUGGACAGAGAAAAGCAAUCGCCGGAGGGCUCCACUAGCUGAUAACUUCUUGCCCUCCUCCCAACUCCAGUCUGGGAAGACAGACCUGUCCUCUGUGGAACCCAUUGUGGUAAUGAGUUAG